GCGUUCAUUGAAACGCGGGUCCUUUGGCUGCUUCGUGCGGCAGUGCUCCGCAGCAAAGCUGCCUUCAGCGGCUUCAUCCAGAUGCUGGCGGACCUUCAUGGUGCUCCCGCUGAUCGUGAGAAUGAUUGCUACAGGUUUGAACACCAUUGGCUGCUUCUGGAGAUUUUGACCUUGCUCUGGGCACAUGCCUCUGUCGAGUUUCAGGCCGUGCUCGUGCAGGUUGUUGUCCCCCACCUUCGCGCGGCUCUCCAUGCACAGCACUAUGUGGAUCACAAGUGUGAACAUUGCGCAGUUCCUGUGGUCACCCUGGACGCGAAGUACGGGCUUACCUGUGCUUUGUGCAACCACCGCGAGGGAGGUGUGGUUGAGUUUCCGCAGGUGCAAUGUUCCGUCAUGUUUGGGUGCCAGAAGCCCCCAAUGCAGUCGGGCCUUUACUGCUGUGACCACCAACCUUCAGCUGGUUGCGCUUCGGCCCGUGCUGACGCCCAACGGAUUGUGCGGCAUCGCGAUGAGAACGGGGUUCGGAGCUACAAGGUCGAUGGCUCCCCUCAGUGGUUCUCUUCGUCCCAGCUCUCAGUCCAUGCACUUCGCGAAUAUGAGGGCCUGCUUGCAGAGAAAAAGACGCGGAAGAAACGUUGCAGAGGCCAACUUCUUGAGGCAGCAGGUGGCGACGGCCAUGCCCCGGAGGACGCUCCGUACUUUGAUGCGGUGGAGCCAAUUAUGAACCCGCAGCCCGAUGAUGUCAACCCGUGCGGGAUUGACAAGGCUGCAACUCUCCCUCGCCGCAAGUACGGCGGACUGUUGGUGGCAACCCUGCCGUGCGGCAGUGUUUGUGCAGUGCAUCCACUGGCCCACGCCGAGUCGCUCACUCAAGUGUACAGCUUGCUGUCGACCUUGCUCCAUCGAGGUGACGAUGCUCUGGCGUAUGCCAUUUAUGACAACGCUUGUGCUUUGGCCCGCUAUGCGCGCCACCCGUUGCGUCGUGACAGAACGUCGGCGGCGUCGGCCAUCGCUGCCCUCACCUUCGUCAUCGACAGCUCCCAUUUGCCGAAUCACACGGCGUGCAUCACUGAAGGCCACGACUUCUUCCUGCCCGAAGUUCGACGCGAGAGGCAUCCCCAGCUCGCUGGCGUCAACACACAGACUGCCGAACAGUUCUUCUCUUGGGCCGACCCCUUUGUGCGAUCCACGGCUUCCAUGACACCAGCUGUUUUCCAGGCCUUUGUCCUGAUCCUCGUGCACCUCUACAAUUCCAUUGUCUGCGGUGGCUCGCCACCGCGUCACCGGCAUCGACCGAGCCUUCGUCGCAACCCGCCUGCUGCUGCAGUGCCAUUGCGUCCCAGGGAUGCUCCUUCUCGGGACGAUCCCGGGCAUCUUGCUGCAGCGGCCCCGGCGCCGGUGGUCGUCCUGCGCUUUCGGCGCAAUCCUCGUGUGAUUGGCCUUUGGGGCGCUGGCAAGUACCACUGGAGUCCAGAUCCAGCGGCCCCACGACCUCCUUGCAAGAUUGUUGCGUUCGAGACAUUGCCCGAAACCAUUGAGGUCGUGGCUGAGGACAUUGACUUCUUGCCGGACGUUGGCUUCGUUCUGCAUUUUGCCGGCGCGAAGCAUCAGGUCUUUCUGCGCUUCACUUCCUGCCUGCCUCACUGCCACCGCCCGUGCUUGGCGACACGUUUCUGCGUGCGUCUCGGCCCGCAGGCCUUCUGUGUGAGCUCAUCCCCCUUGUCGUGCUUUCCUUCCUCUUGGCUGGCCAUGCCUUCCGCUGCGCGUGCUCCAUCGGGUCCGCCUGCGCCGCCAACCGGGGAGAAGGUGGACGAGUUUUUCCAGCUGUUGGAGCAGCAAGUGCCUUUCCCUGCGGCUGAGUUGGAACAGCUUAUUCCAGCGGCCCUCCUCCAACAUUGGAAAGACUUGGGCGCGACGCAGAGCGUCGCGUGGCCAUGGGUCAUGCUGUGCGAACUGUGCCUCGUCAGUUUUCUGACACCCAACGCACGGUUCCUGCCGCUGCCCAGCUUCGCAGUGUACUCCCUCACCUGGACAUUUUUCCUUCACCCGGGCUCAUGCCACACCUCGAACCUUCUGCGGUUGUAUCACAAUGACCUCCAUGGUCUGGAGGACAAGGCAAACGAAGAUCGGCGUGCAAUGCGAGCUCGCCUGAGACAGCAUGCCAUGCCCGGUGCCCAAGGCCAAGCAGCCUUGAAGGGACGCCUCAAAACAUUGCAGGAUAUCACCUUCCGCUUGGGCACAGGCUCAUUGGAAGGCAUUGGCCUUCGGAUUGCAUCCUUUGUGGGCUGGACCGCAGCUAGCGGUUACCUGGUCGAGGGCACGCAGUUCCUGCAGUGGUUGCAAGCUGAGUUCGGAGUUAACAAGGCCAUUGCAACCCAAUUGUGGGAACGUAUGUCGUGGCAGCGGGAUGUCAUCAACCUUCAGCGCUCCUUUUCCAUGGCGUAUACCCUUUCCUGGGCGUCUGCGGCGCGCUUCACCUGGAGGAUAUCUGGCCGCUCUAUGCACACGCAGAUCCUCUUGGGCUGCGAGGCUGCUAACGAAAGACUUGGAAACACCGGCGGCACAAACCAAUUGGAGACCUUGCUGAUUGACCGCUUCUACCGCGUCUACCAGGCGCAUGCUCUGGAACACCGUGACGAGGCUGUCUUCGUCCAUCAUCUCGGCUACCCCUUCCUCAAUUACACUUUUGCUGCGGACAACAAUGAGGAAGAGAAUUACUUGGUCCAGCAUGAGGCUUCCAAGCGCCAUGGGAAGCUCAAGGGGAAGCACCUGCGCCUUGCACUCAACUGGGCAAACUUGCAGAGUGCCUUUGCCGCCACGGAGCCAACAGCCUGGCCCACCACGGUGUCGGCAAGUGCGAUGCAAGCAGCUGACCUGCUCGGGAAAUAUUGCGAAGGAGUGACGGAUGUCAUCUACAAAUUCAUUGCCCGCAGCAGCCAGUCACCCGAGCCUGCACCUGCGGCCCAGCAGCCCAGGGAGGAAAGGGGCAUGGUGGGCAGAAUCGCCCGCCUCCGAGACUUACCCUUAGCAGCUUUCUUGGAGCAACACCCCGUUGCAUCACACCCGCACCUCAAGCCCUUCACUGCAUUGCUGCUGCGUAUGCACUCCAUCUGGCUGGAUUCGACAUUGCUCAAAUCCCAUUGCUUCAUUCGAGACCAUUUGCCCCAGGCGUCCCACGAGGAGAAGAUGCAGCUCAUCCUUUUGGCCUUCUUUUGCCUCGAGAAGUUGCAGCUUGCCGCCUGCGGCCUCUCUACGAACAACAGUGGGCCGCGCAAGCUUUGUGCUUGCAAACGCCACUUGCCUCCUGGUGCUCCUCACCUGGCUGCCGUGCAAGCUGUCCUUUCCAUCUUCGAAGUGCCUUUGGAGGAGUAUUGCGCCCCGUCGCCUGGUGAGCUCCAGCGCGACGUGCCGAAUGCAGCGCCGCGCCUCGACUUUCCUCCUUUCGAUGGCGCCGUUGCUGCGGCGGCGCCUGCUCUCUUAAAUCCCUGGUGUCUGUGCCUGAGAGCGGAUGCAGUGGGCGAUCACAAAGACGCCUUUGUACUUCUCACACCAGUCUCUUUCACACCAGCGCCACUCCUACAGAAACAGCGCUGUGCAUUCCUGACCAGGCCUUCGACGGCAUCAGAUCGAUCUGGUCAGUCGCUCACAGAAGGGUCUGCGGGCGACGAGCCAGGUCACACUACAGUGACACUUCCUGAGACGUUCAACCCGAGCAGCUUGCGCAUUGUCAUCGGAGACCAGGCUUCAGCGCAGCCAAGGGUCAUUUUUGCUGCAUAUCGGGGGGAGUAUUCCCUGCUGCCGGCGAUGGUCCCCCUGACGCCUGGCUUGUGCCGGGUUAAAUGGGCACCCGCGGUGGAGGAGGCUCGUUUCCUUCUGGCUGAGGCUGCCAUGGCAGAAGCAGCUGAGAUCCAAUGUGCGGAAACAGCUCGCAUGAGCCUAACUGAUCUGGAGACCCGAGCCCUCAGUUGGAGCAGUGCAGCACAGGCUUUCUCGAAAGAUCACAUUCCUCGAAAAUUUGAGGGAUUGGGUUUCGUCCAAUACCAGCCAGAUCUGUACUUCGUCGCUGAAUCGACUAAAGCUUCCGCAUUGGAGACCUGUGGUUCAAGCAGUCGGACAUGCCUGAUUUCCAUCAGUUCCUUCGAACGCCCGAGAUGGCUUCCCGAAGCGGCUUCCUCGCCAUCACAGGCGACAUUGCUGAGCUGGCAGGGCAGCGUGUUCAUUUCUUUGAUCAUGAGCCCCUUGCUGCAGUCAAGCACAUACGGGGGCGAAGCUCGGAAGUGCCUCGUUUUGGUGAAGGAGAAUUUUGUGACCUGGGCCUUGCCUCGCCCUGGCGCUGCGCCACAGCUGCAGCUUGCGCCUCUGAGGCAAGCGCGUGGCAAGCGGAGAACCGAAAAGAUGACAGGCAGUGGUAGUGCAUCAUCAAGUACCGCCACAAAGGGUCCAAAGAAGAAGAAGAAGAAGAAGAAGAAGAAAGGAGCCGCAGCAACU